CCUCCUCUGGUGUUGUGAUCACGUGACGGGUGGCCCUGACAGAGGGGAGUAAGAUGGCGCCUUGCGGAGGUUGCGGGACGUGUUGCUGUUGCGGAGAACGGGAAAGUCGCACGCCGGAAGAGCUGACAAUACUUGGAGAGACACAUGAAGAGGACGAGGAGAUCCUGCCCCGUAAAGAUUAUGAAAGCUUGGACUAUGACCGAUGCAUCAAUGAUCCAUACCUGGAAGUCCUGGAGACGAUCAGCCACAAGAGAGCCAGGCGGUAUGAAGCUGUGAGAUGGGUCAUGGUGUUUGCCAUUGGUGUCUGCACGGGAUUGGUCGGGCUGUUUGUGGAUUACUUUGUGCGGCUGUUUUCGCAGUUUAAGUACAGAGUGGUACAAAGCUCUGUGGAAGAUUGCACCGAAAAAGGAUGUUUGGCGCUGUCCCUUCUUGAGCUCCUGGGGUUUAACUUGAUUUUUGUCUUUAUCGCAACCCUCUUUGUAUUGAUUCAGCCUGUUGCAGCUGGUUCUGGAAUUCCAGAGAUCAAAUGUUACCUGAAUGGGGUGAAGGUUCCUGGUGUUGUCCGUCUCCGCACCCUAGUCUGCAAAGCUUUGGGUGUCUUGUUCAGUGUGUCUGGAGGUUUGUUUGUCGGGAAGGAAGGUCCAAUGAUUCACAGCGGGGCUGUAGUGGGUGCUGGAUUACCUCAGUUUCAGAGCAUUACGUUCCAGAAGAUUCGCUUCAACUUUCCAUACUUCCGUAGUGACAGGGACAAGAGGGACUUUGUGUCUGCAGGAGCAGCUGCUGGUGUUGCUGCUGCUUUUGGUGCUCCUAUCGGGGGAACAUUGUUCAGUUUGGAAGAAGGAUCUUCGUUCUGGAACCAGGGGCUGACAUGGAAAGUGCUCUUCUGUUCCAUGUCUGCAACCUUCACCCUGAAUUUCUUUCGUUCUGGGAUUCAGUUUUCUAGCUGGGGAUCUUUUCAACUACCUGGGCUUCUCAAUUUUGGUGAAUUUAAGUGCUCUGAUUCUGAUAAAAAAUGUCACCUGUGGACAGCAGUGGACUUGGCAUUCUUCAUAAUUAUGGGUGUGGUCGGGGGGCUUCUUGGGGCCACAUUCAAUUGUCUGAAUAAGCGAUUGGCAAAGUAUCGCAUGAGAAACGUGCACCCAAAGCCAAAGCUUGUCAGGGUGUUUGAGGGUCUUCUGGUGUCUCUGGUUACAACAGUUAUUGUAUUUGUAGCGUCUAUGGUUUUAGGAGAAUGCAGAAAACUGUCUCCUCCGACACACUGGAACAACAACACUCUCUCCUUGCAGGUCUCUUCUUCAGAAGAAGUCAAUUCCAGCAUCAAGACCUUCUUCUGCCCUAACAACACGUACAAUGACAUGGCUACUCUGUUCUUCAACCCUCAGGAGUCUGCAAUCUUACAGCUGUUCCACCAGGAUGGCACGUUCAGUCCAGUCACUCUCUGUUUCUUCUGCUGUAUGUAUUUCUUCCUCUCCUGCUGGACCUACGGUAUCUCUGUCCCUAGCGGUCUCUUUGUGCCUUCGUUACUGUGUGGUGCCUCCUUUGGUCGCUUGGUUGCUAAUCUUCUUAAAAGUUACUUGGGAUUGACCCACAUCUACUCUGGAACAUUCGCCCUGAUUGGUGCUGCUGCAUUCCUAGGGGGCGUGGUCCGCAUGACUAUUAGCCUCACAGUCAUUCUAAUUGAAUCCACCAAUGAGAUCUCGUAUGGACUGCCCAUAAUGAUUACUCUAAUGGUUGCUAAAUGGACGGGCGAUUUCUUUAACAAAGGCAUCUAUGAUAUUCACGUGGCGCUGAGAGGAGUUCCUUUGUUGGAAUGGGAAGCAGAGGAAGAAACAGACAAGUUGAGAGCAAGUGACAUUAUGGAACCAAAUCUCACCUACGUCUAUCCUCAUACCCGUAUCCAGUCGUUGGUCAGCAUCCUUCGUACAACGGCGCAUCACGCCUUCCCUGUAGUAACAGAGAAUCGUGGCAACGAGAAGGAGUUUAUGAAAGGGAAUCAGCUUAUCAGCAACAACAUUAAAUUUAAGAAAGCCAGCAUAUUGACUCGGGCAGGUGAGCAGAGAAAGCGGAGCCAAUCUAUGAAGUCCUAUCCGUCCAGCGAGCUGCGCAAUAUGUGCGAUGAUCGCAUCGCUGCUGAGGAGCACGAGGAGAAGGAGGACAUGCUGCAGCAGAUGCUGGAACGGAGGUAUACACCUUAUCCAAACCUUUACCCUGACCAAUCACCGAGUGAAGAGUGGACCAUGGAAGAACGAUUUAGACCUUUGACCUUCCAUGGUCUGAUCCUCCGUUCCCAGCUAGUAACACUAUUAGUCCGUGGAGUAUGUUACUCUGAGAAUCAGUCGAGUGCCAGCCAGCCCCGACUGUCUCACUCUGAGAUGUUAGAAGACUAUCCUCGCUACCCUGACAUCCAUGACGUGAAUCUCACACUGCUAAAUCCUCGAAUGAUAGUGGAUGUCUCACCAUACAUGAACCCUUGUCCCUUCACUGUGUCACCGAAUACUCACGCCUCGCAAGUGUUCAACCUGUUCAGAACAAUGGGACUUAGGCACUUACCGGUGGUGAACGCAGUAGGAGAGAUUGUUGGAAUUAUUACAAGACACAACUUGACUCAUGAAUUCCUCCAAGCUCGUCUGAGGCAGCAUUAUAUGACCUCUUGAUUUCCGUGAGUUGUACGUACUGGAGCAGGCGCUUGGUGCACACCUUCCUUAUAGGGUAGUGCUGCUGUUUUCCAAAGAACGCACUUGGGUACAGCCAUCUAAAAGAUUGGUUCUGAAAGCCAGGCUGCUAUAACAUUUCCUCCCUUCCUUGGCUCUGCGUGCAUUUCAAUAUUUUUUUUCUUCUGCUGCUAAAUAUUGGAGAAGGUUACCUACAGCAUGAGAACAAAGUCGGCAUCCUCGCUCAAAGGGCUUUAUCAUCCUCCAAGUGGAGUUCAUUUGCUAUUCCUUCUGUACGUUUGUAUAACGUCCCCUCUCUGAUGCUCCGUCAGUCCAUCUCUUUGGAAGUAGUACACCUUGUGCUCUUCAAAGAGGUCUCUCACGUCCAUUCAGAAAUGGGUUGUUCUGCUUCAGUUGCUGGUAUUGACUUUGAAUAGAAGAUCCUAGAGGAUUUAGCAAGCUUUACAAAUAAGAGUGUUCCUUAACUCCUGGGUGAUUUUAAACCUUUUACAAUUGUCAGUAUUUAGCUGAAAGGAAGUGUUCUUAAAAGAAGUGCCGACAUUUUGUCCUUGAUAGAUUUUACUCUGAUCAAAAGCAAAAUCUUUAUUAAAAUGUGUCGGCCUAAUAGCCUGUGAAAUGUCCUGUUCUUAUGGUAGCGGGCAUGAAAAGAAGGAAAGGGCUACUGAGCACUUUCAGAUGCGCUAUACUCCCAUAGGUAUAACGUAUGCAUUUAUACACAUUUUAUAAGAGGCUUAAACACAAGCAAAAAAAGCAGUUUAAAAUGAGACAAAAUAGUAUUUACCGUUUUGGCUGCCAGACCGGGCUACAGCAUUAAUCUUAGUCUGAAAAUACCCGAAAACCUUAACCUAAAAUACUGUGAUGUGUGAGGUUCACUGAGCUCCACCUUAACAUAAGCAUAACCAAGAGCAAGAAGUAAUUUACUAAUUGGCAUUAUUCACAUUUACGUCGGCUGCCCUUUGCUAACAUUCCGCUUUGUGACCGCACCUCGAUUUGUGGAGGAAUCUGUGAUCAUUUUGAUGCAUUGCUUAUUCUAAUGCACUUUAUAGGGUACAUAGUGAAGUUGCAUUCAUUUUGAGUGUUUUGUUUUGAAGAUCAGUUUGGUUGUGAAUAUUAAUUUUGAGUUUAGAAGUUCAUUAUAGAUGAAGCCAGUGCUGGGAGAUUCCACUUGUCCUGGACUGAAAGGAAAUUAAUCUAGACAAGUAAGAACUCAGGCUUGUGCCUAUAAUUAUUGAGUAGACUUAGUAGCCUUUUCUGUUUCCUCAUUGUAACUUUUCCCCCUGGCUGAUCAUUUUUCAUCCCUAUAAUUAGCUUGUAAACAAAGACCAUUACAUAAGAAAUCUCAAAGGCCACAAAUUAUUCUUACAAACAUUUUAAUCCACAAAAAACAUCACUAGUCUCUAAAUAACAUAUAGGGCAAAGCUUUAGGCCACCCCUUAGAGGAACACACAACGCUUGUUUAACCAAUGUAAAUUAACAGUCACUUGACGUAUACAGCCUUUGCAGACUGCCCCCUUAGUUCAGUUUUUUUGACAGACUUUUAUUUUAGCCAAUCAGUGCUCUCUCAUAAGUAACUCCACAGGCGUGAGCACAAUGUAAACUAUAUGGCACACAUGAGCUAACUCCCUCUAGCUGUAAAAACCUGUCAAAUGCAUUGAGAUAAGAGGUGGCCUCCAAAUGCUUAGAAAUUAGUAUAUGAGCCUACCUAGGUUUAGCUUUCAACAAAGAAUACCAAAAGAACAAAGCAAAUUUUAUGAUAAAAGUGAAUUGGAAAGUUAUUUAAAUUUGCAUGCCCUAUCUGAAUCAUGAAAUUUAUUUUUGACUAGAUUGUCCCUUUAAGUUGCAUUAUCACUGUUAGAACGCAAACCUGUUAUGCUUUCCUUCACAUUGCCCCUAACUUGCCACACUGUGAGUGAGCUACAGUCUGUUGGGCAGGCAGAACAGCAUCUGCGUAAUGCCCAACUACCCCAACUUAAAAAAAGAAAGAAAUAACAUCAGUAGGAGUGUCUUUUAAUUAUUUAAAGAAAACUUGUGUGCGCAUUAAUGCUUUAACUUACACAUUCAUUUAAAAACAUUACUAAAUAUUUAGUGGCCAAACCACGGAUUUCACCUUUUUAUUUUUAAAUACAUUUUCAUCUAGCAAGGGACAACAGUCACUUACUAUUAGUGUAUUGCUUCAUUUCUACCUGCUUUAGAAAAAAAACAAAUUAAAAUGUUUUGUCUGCAAGAAAUAAGUAUAUUGGAUCUAUAAAAAUAUCCAAAUAUGCAGAUGUUCAAUGUCAGGACAUUAUUGUCUUUAAUCUGUAUUCAUAUUACAGCUCACUCUAUAUUACAUUAAACAUGAAAUAACUGCUGGCUAGAAAGAUUAGCCUGAGAAUAAUAUGCAUAUAUAUUUUUUACAAAUAUUACUGUUUUAAAUAUUGAAAAAAAUAACUAAGUUUUUUAGUGCCCAUAAAGCAGCGCGCUCUGCCAUGUUGUAACCUAGGUUUCCUCUGCUGAAGCCAGUUAGGAUCAGUUAUAAAUGGGUCACAUGGUAUAUAGCAUUGUUAUUUCUGGCAUGUGCACAUCCACUUUUAACAGCAAAACCCACAAUUUUCAGAGCUAAAUAACAGGAAAAAUAAUUAAGUUUAUUGCUAAACUGUCCCGAGGCUUUUUGUAUAAUACUGUUAAGUGGUUUGUUUUUUUUUAUGUCUCUAAUAACAGAAUUUUAGCCACACAAUUCAUCCUAAGUGUCCUCUUCUUUUGUUAUAAAGGACUUGCUUAUGCUUUCUCAGCAACAAUAAUUUAUACACUACUAACUUAACAGGAACACAAGCUAUUGCUAUUCUUGUCUGUAACAUUCCUUUAAUUAUAAUUUGCACUCUUUAUAACUUAAUUGUGUAAGUUAUGGAUAUUUUUGUUUGUUUUUGUUAUACAAAAAUUGUGUAGAUUUAUAUAUUUUUUUUUUGUAUGUAUUUAAUUUUACUUGCGUCCUCAUUCCUCAGUAUUGUCAUUACUUGUCCAAAUUAAAAAAUAAAACAAUGACGGUC